AUGUUGAGGUCUCUGGGCCACUUUGCCAAACCAAAACAAGCAGAAGAGCCUGCUCCUAAAAAGAAAAGGCAUAGGAAAAGUAAAUUAAAAAACACAGAUGAGUCAAAUCCUGAAAAAAGUAGCGUUGAAACAGCUGAAGUUCAUGAAAAUAAAAAGGAAGAAAAUUUAAAAAACUCAAAUUUGACACAUCUUGAGAGUAAGAAAAGGAAAGGUGACAAAUCAAAUGUUGUUGCACAUUCUUCAGAACCAACCCCUUUAUUUUCUGUUAAUAAGACCAAGAAUGGAAUUUCAGGUAGCUCCUUCCAUAAAAGUGAUGUUGGUAAGAAAGAACAGUUUUCUUCAGGUACAAGUAAAAACAAUAAAAGGAAAACCUUUGGAGAUUUUCACAAGAAAUCGUCCAGUGUUGGCACACUUGGAUUAUCAGACGAGCGGUUAAAGGCAUAUGGGAUCAAUCCUAAGAAGUAUCACGCCAAGUUAAAAUAUAGUAAGAAACAGAAUACUGGUGUGUAACUGUACAUAAAAUUGUGUUUAUUAUGGUUUUUGUUUUAUUAAAGAACUACAGUAAAAGUACACAUCUUGUUA